UGCUCCCGUCGAUGAGCCGCACACGGACUAACUCCACCACCCCCCGCCUCGGACCAGGGUACCCAACACGCCAGUCGACACGCAGCCUGCCUGCCCAUGAGAAGGAUCCCCAGCCACCGCCUGAAAUCAGGUCAGGUGACAGUUCAGAUGAUAUGAAGAUCCAGACCAAGUCUACUCCAAGCCCAGUCUGUGAACAUGGCAGACAGAGAUGUGUUCCUGCCAGUGCCGGGGUUGGGGAAGGAACGGUAGACUCUCUUUGCAGCGACGAUGAACUAUUGGACGAUGACAACGAGCCAAUCAGCAGCCAUCGGAGCUCGUGCAGGACUAUGUCUGAGUACGCUCCAGGGUAGUGUCUACCUGCCGGUCAGAGGCAGGGUCCUAGCCCCGCCCCCUAGAGAUGGCCCCUCCCCUGAACCCUGCCCUGUUCUAAAGAUUGGCUGGCUGGAUAAGAACCCAACCCAGGGGUCUCUGUACUACCAGAGGAGAUGGGUGAAGCUGGAUGUUGACUACCUGAGAUACUUUGACAACGACAAGGAGGUAUACUCUAAGAGGAUCAUACCAACGGCUGCCAUUACGGGGGUGACCAACGUGGGGGAGCAGAAGUUUGAGGUGGUCACAGCCAACCGAACCUUUCUCUUCAAAGCCGAGAGCGACUUGGGUGAUGUCAGCUGUGUAAUGUGUGUGUUCUGUUUCCAGGACUACCGCCUUGGCAUCGGUAUCACGUCUAUCGACAUGAACGUAGGAAACGUGAAAGACACUGACCGCCGCAGCUUUGAUCUGACCACACCCUACCGCAUCUUCAGUUUUCUAGCGGAUUCGGAACAACAUAAGGAGCAGUGGGUAGAAGCGAUGCGUGACGCGAUUGGAGAAGCUCUGUCCAAUAGCGAGGUGGCUAAUCAAAUCUGGGCGGAGCCUAGCAACAGUUGCUGUGCCGACUGUGGCGCCGACAAACCUGAGUGGGCUGCCAUCAACCUGUGUGUGGUGGUCUGCAAACGCUGUGCAGGAGAGCAUCGGGGAUUGGGCCCCAGCAUCUCUAAGGUGCGCAGUCUGAAGAUGGACAGGAGGGUGUGGACAGAGGAGCUUAUACAGGUGUUCCUGUUGCUUGGAAACGAGCGUCUGAACAGGUUCUGGGCGGCGAACAUCCCUCCCAGCGAGGCGCUGAGUCCGACCAGCUGCAGCGAAGACCGCCGACGAUUCAUCAGCUCCAAAUACAGACAGGGCAAAUACCGCAAAUAUCACCCCCUCUACGGCAACCAGAGAGAGCUCAACAACGUAAGAACAACCUUUAUAUAA